AGCUGUCAUGGAGUUUAAUUUUUCACCUCUUUGGAUAACUGCUCUGCUACUGGUUGCUUUCUUUUGCCAAAUAAGUGAAAUACAGGGUCAGAAGUAUGGCGUGAACUACGUGAAGUCGGUCAGCAAACAGUACAACUCUACCACUGGAUUAGUUUUUAUCUCCGUGGAGAUGGCAGCUCCACAGGCGGAUCUCUCUUUAACUGUUUACUGGCAAAUCAAUUCAGGUGUCAUUGGGGUUGAUGAGCCGGCAUUUGGGUCCUUUGUGAAGAAAAAUGGACAACUGACGCUUUAUACCCUGACAGUGGAUUCAUCUUACGUUAGAGCAGUAUAUUUUACCACUAAAAUUGAUGACCAUACCAGCAGUCUGCGACUUGAGUCUUUCUCUUGGGGCAAGGAUUAUCCCAGUAAAUCAACUUUCCCUGUACAAUUGAGAAAAUGUACCUCCACAUUCUCAGAGCUCUCGUCAACAACUUCAGAUAUCCAUGAAAUUAAUGUUGAUUUCAACUGCGACCCAGCACUCUCCAGAAAUGUUUACAACUGGCCAAGAGUAUACUGGGGAAUUAAGUUUGGGGUUUAUUUGUUCAAUAACACAGAUAAUAGGAUUCAUUAUCAACCAGUAGAGAAUCAUGGUGAAAGAAAAGGUUUGCUGCUGUCAAGGAAUCCUCGAAGCACAGGAAACUUUUUCUCUCGGAGAGAAAUGGUAGAUACCCGACUUCGGGAAAGCUCUUUUGACAGAAACAUUGGACCAUCUAAAGAAUCGCGGUCACGUGAUAAUUCUGUAAAUAACGAAACGUUUUUUGCUGAACACGAAUUAGCAAACAUAACCAUUGGGCCCACACCCUGGGCAAAGAUAAGCUUUCCCAAAUCAUAUCUUAAUGAGAAAGUGGUAUUUCUGAAAAUCACUCUCGAUGCGCCUAUCAUCCUUGGACUGAGUAUGGUGUUUUCCUUUGUUAAGAAAGUAUCCAUUAGUAAAGAUCUUCCUUUUGGGGUAUACCUAUCAGAAAGUGAAGGGAAAACCUUUCCACAACCUUCAACUGUAAUGUGCCAAACAUUUGGGCAAAAUGCCCCAAGAGUAUACAUGAAAAAAGAUGGUGGUCAAAUAAUAAAAUCUGACAAUAUCUGUAUACAGGAAGUCAGGAGUCCCUUGUUUUCUUCCUCGCAUGUCACAUUCCUUAAGAAAGACGUACGGAACAGAGAAAUUGACGGUGAGUACACGUGUUUCUCUGAGAAUCCAGGAGGUGACAAGAAUGUGAGCACCUUUAAAGUGUACACAGGCCCCGCCUUCCUGGAAGACAUUACAGAGAUGACAGAAAGUAGUUCCAGAGAACUAAAUCUUCGACUCGUGGUGGAAGGAAACGGUCAGAUGAGGGUCUCCUGCCACGUCCCAGUGCCAGAUCACAUGGUUCUGAUCAACACAGCUGAGAAAAUACAACCCUCAUCUACCAAGUUAAAGAGAAAGGAGGUCACCUUGACCUACAAAUUCCCAGUAGAGGCAGUCCGCCCCUUUGAUUAUUUCUGCAGUGUUUAUGAUGAAUAUGGAAAUCACAAUACUCGAUACACCCAUUAUUGAUUUUAAUAGUAAAAUAAUGAUAUGAACUUUUAAAAGAAACAAUAGAUAUUUAUUGUGCACAAUUUUGGCUUCAAUCUCAUUUUUGGUACAAUGUUUCGUUUUUGAACAUGA